AUGGAGAAAUCAAAAUGGGUCCAGCUGUAAUCUUCAGUCAGAGGGAGACACAGAUGGACGAGAAGGGGGGUUACAGUUACACUGCCCUCACGUUCUGAUGCUUUCGUUUGUUGUUUAUUGUUUUGCAUUGGAAGAGAUAUAGACAAAGCUUUCCAUUUGUGGCUUUUGUUUUUAGGCAGUUACACCGAUUGAAGCACGAGAAGCUCGAUCCAAGUCUCCUGAGCUUCUCUUAUAACCUUUUUGCUGAUUCUGGGGUUUGCUGGAAGUUUUUGGAUGAACUUGCUCUUCUGAGAUGGAGUCCGGUGAAACUUCUUCGAAAGCGGAAAGAGGCGUCCGACUUCAAGCUCCAUUGGUGGAAUCUGUUUCGUGCUAUUGCAGAGUAGAUUCAGGCUUAAAAACAGUUGCUGGGGCAAGAAAAUUUGUCCCAGGGUCAAAACUUUGUAUACAGCCUGAUAUCAAGACUCAUGCACACAAGACCAAGAACUCCCGCAGGGAGAGAAGCAGAGUCCAACAUCCCCUUUUGCCUGGUCUUCCUGAUGAUCUUGCCAUUGCGUGUCUCAUUCGGGUUCCACGUGUUGAGCAUAGAAAGCUCCGUCUGGUCUGCAAGAGAUGGUAUAAGCUUCUUGCUGGUAACUUCUUUUACUCACUGAGAAAGAACCUGGGAAUGGCAGAGGAGUGGGUGUAUGUUAUCAAACGAGACCGUGAUGGAAAAAUAUCAUGGCAUGCUUUUGAUCCUACCUACCAGAUGUGGCAGCCGCUUCCCCCUGUUCCUCCGGAGUAUUCUGAGGCCCUUGGAUUUGGGUGUGCAGUUCUGAGUGGUUGCCAUCUCUAUUUAUUUGGGGGCAAAGAUCCACUUAGAGGAUCUAUGAGAAGGGUCAUCUUCUACAGUGCCCGGACAAACAAAUGGCACUGGGCACCAGAUAUGAUUCGAAAACGCCACUUCUUUGGUUCUUGUGUCAUUAAUAACUGCCUAUAUGUGGCUGGUGGAGAACGUGAAGGGAUCCAAAGAACCCUGCGGUCAGCCGAGGUUUAUGAUCCUAACAGGAACAGGUGGAGCUUUGUUGCUGAUAUGAGCACUGCGAUGGUGCCCUUCAUUGGGGUUGUUUAUAAUGGGAAGUGGUUCCUAAAAGGACUUGGUUCUCAUCGCGAGGUCAUGAGUGAAGCCUACACUCCUGAAACCAAUAGUUGGGUCCUAGUUAAUGAUGGGAUGGUUGCAGGUUGGCGCAACCCCAGCAUCUCUUUGAAUGGGCAGCUCUAUGCAUUGGACUGCAGGGAUGGAUGUAAGCUACGGGUGUAUGAUGGGGCCACAGAUUCAUGGAACAAGUUCAUAGACAGUAAGCUCCACCUUGGAAGCUCACGGGCCCUGGAGGCUGCUGCACUUGUCCCCUUGAAUGGGAAGCUUUGCAUCAUUCGCAACAACAUGAGCAUCAGCCUGGUUGAUGUUUCUAGCCCUGAUAAACAUGUGGAGAGUAACCCUCAUCUUUGGGAGACUAUUGCAGGGAAAGGGCACUUUAGGACUCUUGUCUCUAACUUAUGGUCCAGUAUUGCUGGGCGAAGUGGUUUGAAGAGUCACAUUGUGCACUGUCAGGUGCUUCAGGCAUGAAAACCGGUGGAAGGCUUCCCAGGAAUCUGCAACUCCUUAGAAACUUUUCUCGAUCCCAUUACUUUGUCACAAUGAGGUUUUUGCAUUCAAAACAGUAUGUUCAUUAGCAACAGUGCAUCAGUUAGGUGCUGUAUGCUCCUUCCUGGCAUGCUGUAUUCGCUUUGUGGAGAUUGAAUCAUCGGUUUGUGUUAGAAAAUGAACGAAGAUGCUCAAUUUUGGAUGGGAGUCUUGCCUUUGUGUCA